GAAUUAUUAUAGCCCAGUAGGCGGCGAGCAGUUUUUAAAGGAGCAUUUGCCAUGGGAACAACUACUGCUGUCUUAGCUGAGCUCUGGCUGACCCGAUUCGUACCCGACCUCACCAAUCGGACUCCAAUCUCAGCCCUCCGACCUUACCUCCCUCUUCUCUGCCGUCCGAUCUCUUCUCCUCCUCUCUCCGCCGGCGCCGCCAGUCUCUCCAGUUUCAGACUCAGAUUCCGGAAUCCGAAACCCCAAAGAGUUCGCCGGAAUCUGACGUCAACGCCGGUUGCAUCCAUGUUCUCUGAAAACCCGGUCGUCGGCGACAUAUUCGCCGCCGUGUUUUCCGGCGGCGUCGCUCUCAGCUUGCUUCGAUUGUGGGGUGAGACUGCUAAACGAGGGCUCUUUGACCAGACACUAAAUAGGAAGCUUGUGCAUGUGAGCGUUGGGCUAGUUUUCAUGCUUUGCUGGCCACUAUUCAGUUCUGGUCAUCAGGGAGCAGUUAUAGCCUCUCUUAUUCCUGGCUUAAAUAUAAUAAAGAUGCUUCUAAUCGGACUUGGUAUAUGGAAGGAUGAGGCUACAGUCAAGUCAAUGAGCAGAUUUGGAGACUACAGGGAACUUCUGAAGGGCCCGCUAUACUACGCUGCGACAAUUACUUUGUCUUGUGCUAUUUAUUGGAGAAGUUCUCCAAUCGCAAUUGCAGCGAUUUGCAACCUUUGUGCUGGAGACGGUAUAGCCGACAUUGUUGGAAGGCGAUUUGGCAUUCAGAAAAUUCCCUACAACAGAAACAAAACCAUUGCUGGUAGCCUUGCAAUGGCAACUGCCGGUUUCAUAGCAUCUAUUGGGUUCAUGCACUAUUUUUCAUUGUUCGGAUAUGUUCAAGAAAGUUGGGAAAUGUGUUUGGGUUUCUUGGUUGUGUCUCUCGCAGCAACACUGGUUGAAUCCCACCCUAAAAGCACUGAGCUCGAUGACAAUCUCACAGUUCCCCUUGCUUCCGUGUUGGUGGGCAGUUUUAUCUUCUGAUUUCAAGCAAAUUUACAGUGAUGUUUCAGCCAACUCGAGCUGGGUAAUGUAUUGGUUUUUCAUCUUAGGAAUCUGUAUUAAUGUAUCGGCUUUUCUUCUUGGGAAUCUGUAUUCAUUUAGUUCCACAAAUUGUACGAGCAGUAGAACCAAGUAGUUCUUGUUGUAGUUCUCUGUAGAAUACCAAAUCUGUGUGCUCUUAAGCACACAAAUUGGAAUUACAUCUCUUGAUUUUAUGAAUUUCAGUCACUUCAAUUGUAUCUUUUAUGUAUUAAGCACACAAUAAUUUUUCCAACA